GACGCUGCCGGAUACCACCGGAUCCGGCGUUUCUCGGACCUGCUCCGCGGUGGUGGCGGAGGUCUCGGGGCCGUGUCCAAGUGGAAGGCGAAAAUGGCCACCGCCAGGCACCAUCAGAAGAAGAAACUGCCAAAGAAGACAUAAAAUUGGACCGUGCGUAUUGGAAUUGGCAUGCGGUAGAAGAGAAACAUCCAACGCCCCGACUGGACUUUUCUCAUAGUCACAGAACAUUAGGUCCCAGAGGAUCUUUUGAUUCGACGGUUUCCCCUAGCAGCAGUGAAAGGCAUCAUUUAGAUACAGAAAUUAAAAACACAUAUACAGCUCCAGGCAAAAGGUUAAGCCUUGAUGUUGGUUUAAUGAGGCCGUCCAAACGGGAACCAUUUAGACACAGGAUUUCAAAGGCACUAUCCCACCCACACAUCGGAAACGACGACUUAACAAGGCGUUUUUCAAACGAUGCGGGUGAAAGUCGGAGACGGCUGGAAAGUUUACGCCAGAAGGGCGGCUGGAUGUCCCGGAGGCUGUCCAGUAUACAACAUGAACUGGAUCACAGCGCCGUUUUUAUUGGUCUUCUUGGUGGCACCAGACCGACUUCCUCUAGAAAACCGAAGAUUCCACCCUUACAACGGUUCCGGAACUACGCCAAGCUCGCGCUCAUCUGUGUGAAACUCUGCAAGUACAGCCACGAAGCUGUCGCAGCCGACAGUGAUGAGUACUUGUCCAUCCUCCAGAUCACCCAGGACUACGUCACAAAAACUGACGACCAGGACGGACUCUUCUUUGAUCACACACUCUUCAAGGCCAACAAAGAGCAAAGGUUGCCAGGUGAUGCUCGGAAAAUUCUUCAGAAAGACUUCAAAUAUCGGUCAGAAAAGGAAAUACAAUACCUGCAUCUGGUGUUGCGGACGAUCAAGGCGUUCUCGGAGUACCCGACCAAGAUGCAGGUGAAGCUGUGCCGGGUCGGCUGGUACGAGGCGUACGAGUCCAAGCGGGCCAUCGUGCGACAGGGCCAGCCUCCCCACGCCUUCUACUUCAUAUUGUCCGGCUCUGUGGUUGUUACGUCUUUCGACCGCGGGACGGGCGGGACAACGUUUUUGGUAGCGCUUCACCGGGGAAUGUCCUUUGGGGAGCUGGCCGUGAUCACACGAAGCAGACGCCAGGCGACAGUGAGCACCGCUACAACCACCGAACUUCUUUGUAUUUCUGCAAAGGACUUUGUGGAGAUCUUCAUGUCAGGAGGCUUACGGAGCAUGACGGACCCAGAGCAGAACUCCUUUAUCAGGUCGAUCCCGUUCCUCAAGUACUGGCCAAUAGAAUGCCUCGCCUCGAACCCACAAGCCUGCAUGUUCCAUUUCUUCCCGCGCGCGCAGGUUCUGGUACGUGACAGCAAUCAUUCAGACUGGAUCUACGUUGUGAAAUCUGGAAGCCUGUCUGUGCUGAAGAAGCUAGUAGAGGUCCAUCCGCGAGUCACCAGGCGAAAUUCAGACCACGGAUCCGAGGAUGAAGACGAGGGCGGACGCCGGAAAUCGUUCGGGACGUGGAACUUCCGGAUAAAGAAAAAACGGCGAGAGAGUCGCGAGGAAAAAGAAGUGUUCAAAAACAAUAUAGAGAUGGAGAAGAGAUUGGAGCAAACGCUGCCUGGUUUCUACAACGGUCGGGAGCGACUGGGGCUUAUCGACUACGAGUCCAUCAUCACCGAUCAUCGGUCGCGCGUCCUGCAGACCAGUAGGCGAACGGCCAGCAACAGCUCCGUACAACCACUACCAAAACUGCCGACUCAAAACUCGGACACAGAGGAGACAGCGCCGCAUGACGACAAACUUCCGCCUGAAGAAGACGACAAGUUGCUGGCACUGCCGAAAAUAAGGAAAACGUCAAAGGGUGCAUACCUGGCUACCAUGAAGACAAAGAAAAAAGUCAGUAAAAAAGAAGCUAUUCAGGAGGAGCUGUUCAAAAAGCAAAUAGAAUACGACCGGAAGUUGGUAGAGGGUGGAAAGGUUGGCCGGAAGACGAUCACGGACGAGCUGGACAACAAGCUAGUCAAGGACUUCGCGCUCACCGAGAAGGACAUCCGGCCCGCUUUCGUGCAAGUCCAGAUUCUGGAGAGGGGACAGUACUUCGGCCUGACGAAAACCGUGUUUCCUGAGCAGGCGGAGAGCUUCAGCGUGGUUUCGAAUGGCGCGGAGUGCAUCAUGAUCUCUAGACGCUUCUUCCUGGAGCACGCCAACGAGCAGACCAUGUACCAUUUGAGACAAGUGGAGACGCUGCUCCCCCCGGAAGAGGAGCUGCAAGCGAACCUCCAGGACUUUGUUGACUGGAAGGCACACCGUGCGCGCGUGUACCGCCGCCUUGUGCAUAACAAACACGAGCGCAACGAGCGGAAAAGCCAAUUUCCGACACAGAUUGGCGGCCAGUAUUGCUUUCGCACAGGGCCUACUGUACGAAGCAUAGAUUAGAAAUUUAUAAAUAAUAAUUUAAACACAGACUCUCAUUCCGUUUAACGGUAAAAUGCGCCUAUUUUGGUAUUUCAUAUCCAUUAUAUGUUAUUACAGAAAUG